AUGGCUAAGGCUAAGUCAGUGAAGAAGCUGAAAGAUGCAAUGCAAGCAUUGCAGAAGAGCUUGUCAUUCUCCCGGGGGAGGUCGGGGGCACAGCCGGAUGAAUGCAUGUCGGAGGAUGAGAUUGUGGUGGUGCCAGAGGAUGUGAAGGAGGGGCACUUUGCCGUGUUGGCAGUGCAUGGAGAGAGGCCGCCGAAGAGGUACGUGGUGUCUCUCCGGUGUCUCUCGCACCCGGUUUUCUUGCGGUUGCUUGAGAUGGCCAGCGAAGAGUUCGGAUUCAGCCAGGCUGGAGCUAUUGCUGUGCCUUGUAGGCCUUGUGAACUUGAGAGAAUAAUUAGUGAUCUCUGA